AUGCGAAGCGCUGUACCGAUCUAUCCACUUCCUCAGAACAACGACCCUCCUCCAGUUCCUCCUCAUAAAUCAAAGCCUGCUGACACUCAGCCGUCUUCGCCGAGAUUGUCAAAGCCGCCAGUUGCUCCAAAACCACCACACAUUUCACGCCACCUUCGGAAGCCCACGAUUUUCGUGUCCGAUGGUGAUGAUGCGCAGAACAAUACUGCUCCUUUUGCCCAUCUAAAAUCGUCUCGAAUCUCUGCAUCUCAGUCGCCUGGAGACGUUUCUGAAAGUGAUGCGCAUCCCCGUAACACGCGCGACGUUCAAAGGCCGCGUUCUACUGUUUCAACCACUAGCACUGAAAAUGGUGAUGCUGCCGAAUUCUCGGAUAGUGAUUCUGAUGACGGCCGACAGAAUGGAAUUAAUCUAUUGCAAAGAACGGACACGUAUCUUAAUGGUCCUGGACAACUCACCGUCCGAAGGCCCUCUGCGCUUUGUUUCAAUGGAGAUCCUUCGAUCCAUGAGAAGAUAGUUGACGAGCUCAAGAGACAGGGAAUAAUAAGAUCAAGUGAUCGCAUGAUGAAAAAACGUACAGAGAUGUCUUCAAAGGAUGCUCAUCGAGGCCGUAAUUCCCUCCAGCCGGCUGAAGGGCUUGCGUCUUGUGAUACUUCAUUAUCAACGACUCUGUCUGAGGAUACUCCUUCCACAUGCAAAAAGGAGAACGCGCAGAGUAGUCGAAGCAGCAUUGUCACAACCACUUCAGCAGAAUACGAAUCUGUUCCUGACUACAACACCGGCGACGCUGAUGAGGAUAAGCGAUUGAAAAAGCUUCACUAUGCCGCGAAUGAGUUUUACUCAGUACAGAAACUGUUCUUGAAAUAUUUGCGGGAUAUGGGCGAGGUGUACCCAGAAUAUGUGACAGAAUUCGGAAAAAGACUCGGGAAGGAUCUGUUGGCUCGACAAGGUACGCAGCUACACGUAGUGCGACAACUGCAACUGCACUAUGAACAACUCAUCCGUUUUCAUCAACUUCUUUUGGACGAGUUUUCUUCGCGCCUUGAAACAUGGAGCUCUUUGAAGCCGAACAUGGCCGAUAUAAUCAUAAAAUACGCCGACUUCCUGAAAAUUUGCAAACCAUUUCUUUUGGAAAAAUCUCGUUUUGUUCAAGAGCUCACCCAACUUCGCCUUGAGAACAAAGACUUCGACAACGCUACUGUUGCGUUCGAGCAGAAAAUUUUUAACCGCGGUGUGGGUGCGGUUGUCCAACAACUUGAUCAAGUGCAUCAGAACUUUAUGAGAUAUAAAAUUUUAAUGAUGAGCUAUAACAAUUACUUGAUUGAGGGAAGUGAAGAGCAAAAGAAAACUUUGGAGGCUAUCGCCAAACUGGAAAAAAUUGCGCAGUCCGUGAACGAGUCGAUGGGUUUGCCAAGUAAUGAAGAGCUGUUCAAGUUAUACGAUCGCUUUCAGUGUAACUUCGAUGUUUUUUACCCGGGUAGGAGACUAAUACGUCAAAGGAGAGGUUCUGAAGCAGACGCGAAAAGAGCCACAGCCACGAUACUAGUACUAUUUUCCGAUACGCUGUGGAUCUGCCGGGUGAUGUCAGGUUUUGCUUCUUCUGGUCUUUUCGACAUGGGUCGGUCCUAUCGCAUACCAAUCGAGACCGUUCGCACUGAGAGCAACCCACAUGAGGAUUAUGAGCAGCAGCUCUACGUGAAGAGCAAGUACAAGAGUUUGAUUCUCAUCAUGAGUAGUGCACGAGAACGAACAUUGUGGCAGAAGGACAUUGAUACUGCGCGGGAAGAGAAACGAAAGUAUAAGAGGCGAAUGAGCGAGGCUAUAGAACGGCAAAGAAGACAAAGCUUGAAUCCGUUAAUGUUGGAGGCACCACUAACCGAAGUUACUGGAGCGGAGGAUACACUUACCGACACCAACGCAACUAUUGUAGAUGAGAGUGGGCAUUCAACUAACGGUGACAUUCUGCACAAUCUUCCGCCUUUGAUGACGUCACGCUGCAACUCAGAUUCGCAGGAAUCUUCGUCUCAUCCGAGUACACCAGUUGAUGACCAACCUGGACCUUCCAGUUGUGGACCGAUAUCAUCUAAACGAAAAGUAGUUCGAUCUGAUACAAUGAAGCCUCUCUGGAUUCCUGAUGACGCUUCAAGUAAAUGUUUGAUGGAAGGAUGCGACACGGUGUUUUCCUUCUUGAACCGCCGUCACCACUGUCGCGAUUGCGGUUGGUUGAUAUGCUCGGCAUGUGUUGGGAAAGCUCCUCUGUCCAAGUCCCAGUUCAAAAAAGAAAUUGUUUGUCCAGAAUGUUAUGAUAAGCUGGAAAGUUUAUACAAUGCGGGUACUCUAUUUCCGAUGAAUAUUCUACUCCGAGGAUCUGAUGGUAUUGUCAGGAUUCGAGUGCCGAAAGGAGGAGGAAUUCACGAGAAGCAGAGGUAUGUAGUCGUGGAACCGCAGACUCUUUUUCUCCCUCCAAUAAAUAGAAGGCUCAAGCGUAUGAAUAUCGAUAAACGAAUGGAGCCAGACAGUGGCCUUGUCUUUGGUAAAGUAAUGGUCAGGAAUGCAAAAGGAGGAGAGGUUGUGCGGCAUGCCCAGCUUUCAGACGGAAUGGUCCUAAAGUUCUACAAAGCUCCAUUC